AUGGUAGCCAAAGGCUCUCGUGAUCGACGUUCAACAUCGUCGACAACUACUACAAAUCCUUCGAAUAAACGACGAACAUCAUCAACAACACAUGAAAAGAAAAAAAUUGUUAAACCAAUGGGUGUAUGUAGUUUUUGUUUGGGUGAUGAAGAUAAAAAUGCCAAGGGUAUUCCUGAAGAUAUGAUAAGUUGUGCUGAAUGUGGGAAUUGUGGACAUCCGUCAUGUUUAAAAUAUUCCGAGAAACUUGUUAAAAAAAUCACAACACUACGCUGGCAAUGUUUAGAUUGUAAAAAAUGUAUUAUUUGCAAUAAAGGAGAUGAUUCAUUACUAUUCUGUGAUUAUUGUGAUGCAGCUAUUCAUCCGAAAUGUUGCGAUCCACCAUUAAAUCACAUUCCUAAAGGUGAUUUUGCCUGUUCUAAUUGUCGAAAUGAUGGUACAAUAAAAUCAACUUCAAUUAGAACUUCUACAACACGUUCAUUACGUAGUAAAAAUUCUAAUGAAGAAGAACCUACAACAACAACAACACCAACUGUUAUAACUCGUCCUGUUGCACAAUUAAUUGAUGGAAUGUCAAAUUUUUUCUUACCAAAAAAAGAGAAAAUGAAUAAUAAUAAUAAUAUUCAACGACAACAAUCAGUUCAAAAAGCAAUGAAAUAUUUACGUAAUAAAACAAUUAAACCUUCCAAUAAUAAAGUACUUAAACGUCUUAAUACAAUGCCAACAACAAAAAGUAAAACUGUUGAAGAUCAAUUAUUAGCAAGAAGUAUUUUAUCUUCAUCGAAAACAUCGCGUAUUCGACGAAAACCAAUAAAUUUAACAGAUAAUUCACCAUCGAAUUCUCAAAUAAAUACAAGUACAACAACAACACGACGUUCAACGACUAAAAAAUCAUUAACUUCAGAACCAAUUACUCCAACUUCACGAGUUAUUCGUCGAUCAACUACUCAUCCAGUUGAAGAAUCUACUAAAACAAAUUCAUCUCGAUCGAUAACUAAACGAAAACAUUUAAUUUCAUCGAUUCCUCAGACACCAGUUACCAUCAAAAAACGAACAAAACAGGAUUCUUCAGUUAAAAAAACACCAUCGAAACGUAAAGAAAAAGAAGUAGAAGAAGAAGCAGAAGAAGAGCAAGAAUCCGAAGAUGAAGAUAAUGAUAAUAAAAAAAUACCAACAGUUACUAAACGAACACUUAAUUUAGAUUUAUCUAAAUAUAAAACUCCACCAGCAUUUCUCAGUGAUCUAUUACCAGAUACAAUUGUUGCUAAUGAUGUAUAUUUAUUUCUUGAUGCAAGAAAAAAUUCCACAAAACUUAUUUCAGAUUGUUCUGAAAAAUUUCAUUAUACACCUGAAACAGUAGAAGAUGAUAUAAAUAAUACACGUUGGCCACCAUAUAUUGUUUUUGGUGAUGAAUUAAUUAAAACAUGGUAUUCAUCAUCUUAUCCACAAGAAUAUGCUCGUGUUCCACGUCUAUAUAUAUGUGAAUUUUGUUUAAAAUAUAUGAAAUGUGAAGAAGUUUAUGAUCGACAUCGUAAAAAAUGUCAAACAUUUCAUCCACCCGCAAAUGAAAUCUAUCAUAAAGAUGAUCUUUCAGUUUUUGAAGUUGAUGGAAAUAUUAAUCGAAUUUAUUGUCAAAAUUUAUGUCUAUUAGCAAAAUUAUUUCUUGAUCAUAAAACACUUUAUUAUGAUGUUGAACCAUUUCUAUUCUAUGUUCUAACGAAAAAUGAUUCAAAUGGUUGUCAUUUUCUUGGCUAUUUUUCGAAAGAAAAACAUUGCCCACAAAAAUAUAAUCUAUCAUGUAUAACUGUUUUACCUAAUUGUCAACGUCGAGGUUAUGGACGUUUUUUAAUUGAAUUAAGUUAUUUAUUAUCACAAAAAGAACAUCAAAUUGGUACACCAGAAAGACCAUUAUCAUUACAUGGUGCUCAUACAUAUGAAGCAUAUUGGAAAGUAAAAGUAGUUCAACAAUUACUUGAUUAUUAUGAAAAAAAGCAAGAUAUAUGUAUAUUAUAUAAAUUAAUGAACGAAACAGGAAUGGCCGCUGAUGAUAUUCUUGAUACAUUACAAAAUCUAGAAGUUUUAACAAUGCAUUCUAAUGAAAAACCGGUAAUUCAUGUCGAUAUAACACAAAUGAAACUUAUAAUGAAAACAGAAGAGAGUAAACAUGCACAUUGGGUAUCAUUAGAUACUGAAUAUCUUCGUUUUACACCAGUUCUUAAACCAAUUCUAUUGUUAAAUGAUGAAAAUUCAUAUGAAAAUCAACUUAAAAAAAUUGAAGUUAUCUUUAAAAAAAUUGAAUCAGAUAUACCGGAAUCUGGAGGAAAUGCUGCUGAUUUGGGUGAUGAAGGAAAUACAACUGAAAUUAUUCGUUAUGUUCGAAGAAGAAAAUUUGGACGAAAACGUCGAGCAAUCUAUGUUAAAUGUCGAGUAACAAAUAAAAAUGAACCAAUUACACCAACUAUUCAUGAUGAACAUUCACAAGAAUAUAUAUCUCGUCGACGAGAUUCAUUAACUAAUGAAUCAGUUAAAGAAGAAGAAGAAGUAGAAGCAGGAAGAGUAGAAGAAGAAGAAGCAGAUGUUAAUGAUGAUAAUGAUGAUAGCAAAAAAGAGAAGAGUCCACCACCACCACCAUCGCCACCUAAAUCCCCAUCGAAACAACCUUCAUUCAAACAAUUAACAAUGGAUCAAUUUCUUAAAAAACUUCCAUCGAAUUCAUCUGUAAUUGAAAACUCGAAACCAGAGAAAAUCUUCGAAAUAAGUCCAGAGAAUAAUCGUAAUGAAGAAACUAAUUCAGAUGUUAAAACUGAUAAUAAUGAAGAAUUUCGUUUACCAAGACGAACAAAAAGAUUAUCAAAUUCAACUCAUGUAUCUAAAUCGGAAACUGAUCUUGUUAAAAUGGCAAAUGGAAUAACAGUAGAAAAUUUAAAAAAACCAAUUCCGUGUAAUCAAGAAUUCUUAUUAAGACAAAUAAGUGAUGGAACUAUUUCAUCAAAUGAUAGUUCACCAGCACCUAUUAAUUCACCAUUACCAUUUAAAAAACGUGCUUGGACUUCGUCAAAUGUUCAAGCUUUAAUAGAUCCACCUACACCUACCAAGAAAAAUGAUGAUUCAAUAUUAAGUCGUGAAACAAGUUUAACAACACCAUCAUCUCUAUCAGAUAUUCUUGCAAAUCCAUUAAUGGCAUCAUCAUCAUCAUUAAAUAGUACUGACGAAGAAACUAAAAUAGCUCGUAUAGAAUCUCAAUUAAAAACUACUGUAGAAGCUGUUAAAGAAGCGAAUGUAGCAGAUGAUCAACCACCAAGUUUAACUUCACCAACAUCAAUGAUUGUUUCACAAUCAAAUCAUUAUAAUUAUUCGACAAGAAGUAAUGUUGCUAAACAACAACAACAACAACAACAGCAGCAACAACAAUCGAUAACAAUCAAUAAUUUUACUAAUUCAACCAAUAUGACUUAUAAUUUUGGACAAACAUCUUAUCCAUAUCCGUAUCCAACUACACCAUCAGCUGAUAUGCAACCAUUUUAUUAUCAUCCAUCUGGUAUACCAAUGAAUUAUAUGCCUUAUUAUCCAACACCACCAUCUCCUAUGUAUCCAUCAGGACAACAAAUGUGUUAUCCACCCAAUGGUGUCAAUUCAAUACCUUAUACAGGUAAUUCAACGACACCAUAUAGUUAUUCAACACCACAAUCAUCAUCAAAUCGACGACAUUAA